AUGACGAAGAAGAAGCCCCAACCUCGCUCCGGCUCAGCCACUGUGCCGAUAGUUAACAAGGAAGAGCGCAUAGUCAACACAGAGAUCUUGCCCUCAGGCGGACUCGCGUUACCGCAAGAUGUAGCACAGGGUUCAGCCACCACCACGCCAGGCGCAGCGACGCCAGCAUCUGAAACGUUGAGCAGAGGCGAUUACUUCGCACAAUUCGAGGGCUUUACGUCGCAAAUGGAUGCCGGCUUUCUUAACCAGUUCAACAAGCUCGCCAUCCACGAGCAGUAG